AUCUUUCUAUUCUGGAUAUCAAAUAUUCACUAAUAACUUGUAGACACUGGAAGGGUCGAAGGGACUGGAGUAGAUUGCUUAACCUAUAACUGGCUACUUUUUUAAAGGGAAUGGUCCUACCUGAUGAGCAAGAAGCACUAGCAUUGGUCUUAUUUUCGCGGCCACUUACCACUUGCAUAUGCCUUUUGUUUUUGUUUUCAUUUUGUUAAACUCAAUUUCCGAUUGAGCUCAAGCAGUGCAGGUAAACAGGAACUGCGUCUCAAAAUUACUUAUGAUACCCUUCGUUCCUACCAGAAGAGCCAGACUGCUGCUCGAUGAUGUUCGUUUAUAACCUAGCAACCUUGUUUUUCAUUCCAUUCAUCUACUCAUGCAGACAUGAUAUAUUAAUCAUUUUUGCUUUUCAUGCAUUACCAUGUUGACUAAUCCCAACCACCCCCACACACACUCUCUCUUUCUCCUUUCUCUUUGUAGCCUGCUAGCUAGCUAGCUCAGUAUCUCCCUCCCCACAACAUCAAUCAAGCUAAAUCGAUCAUUUAGUUUCUUUGGUCAGUAGUACUUCUAUCUCUCACUCAUGUGAUGCUUGCUAGCUCUUGAUCUAUUUCAUUCUAGCCAACACAUACGUACUCGCUUAUAAUUAUUAACUCCAUCAUCAGCUCGAUCUCUCUGUCUCCCUCUUACCCGCUAUCAUUCCAUCUCGAUUGAUCUGCCUUAAUUUCCUCCGAGUAUUAUAUAUAUGCAUGCAUAUCUGCGUUUCUGCAUGCUCAUUAUUUGGAACCAAUAAGCCCUGGCCUCCAGCUGACGAAGUAGCUAUAUAUCUCCUGCUUGCUGGCCGUCAUGCCCUCAUCAGUUACCAACGAUCACCCGAGUAAUCAACUAUUAAGUGAUUCCACUCUGGCAUCUGCACUUGCUUGCUGCAAUUAUAUAUCUUGAUCGAUCAGUGACUCAUCACUUGGACUCUUGUAGUUUAGCUUCGUAGUUGCUUUGACGUUGAUCCCCUGCAAAAUGCUGCUGCUGCUGCUGGCUUGGAAUUCAAUUACUUCAUUCCUUUAUUGUCGGUACGUUCUUUCAUCAGGCUUAAUUUAUCAUUCGAUCUGAUGCAGUCCUGGAAUAGCCGGACUGCUGUUAACUAGAAUUCUAUUUCCAUAAUACGCAAGAGAGAGAUUGACGUGGUAAUAUAUGAAAUUCAUCGAAACAUUCUGCAUAACUCGCUUUUGUUGCUUAUAUGUUGUAAUUGGUAAGAAUAACCAGAACAAAAUGCUAAAUUUAUUCGGAAACUCGAUCACAGUUGCUUGGCUAGCUUUUCAGGCUGUAAUACGGAUGAAAUUUAGAAAGAAAGAUUCUGCACUUACUUUGGUAGCCAGCUAGAUGUUAAAUAUGUAAUGUCUAAAAUAUACUGUGAACCAGACAUGCUUUUUCUUACAUGUACAUAUAAAUCCAGUAAAUCAGCCAAAAAGUGGAAGAAAGAAAAUUCGAAGAGAUCAUAUGGACAAAUAGAAAUGAACAAAACCUUCUGUAGGUUAUGCAGGGGUCAAAAGAGAAGGCUGCAUGAAAUAGCUAAAGAGAGAGCUAGCGAGCAUUUGGUGAUCAAUUGGCGUCCACUUAAUUAAUUAUCUCCCCAAAUACUUCAAUGAUAUAUAUGCAUUUAUAUAGGCCGCACUUGUACUCAUACAUGGCCAUAUCAUAUAGAAUUAAUGUUCGAUCGUGUGUAUUACUUAAAUCAUGAUGAGCAAGGCUGACCUAAUUCACUUUAAUAUGGCUACUUUUUUUCUUUCAAAUAUGAUGCGGGAUCUAGCUAUACCUUUAAGAAAAGUGUGUUGCAAGGCUUCUGCUGCCUACAUAAGAGUUGAUAAUAUACUAUGCAAUGCAUGGGUGCUGUGUUUCUUUAUCACCUGUUAUCUGGGAAAGCACAGACCACAGUGGCCUCAGCUCAGGUCUUCUGCCAAUCAGUGCUGACAAGUUAUAUAUGGUUAAAUGGCUUCUGGCAGCUGAUACGAUGAUCAUGAUCGAUAUCAUCAUAUCCUCAAUUCAAGCUAAUACUUCCCUUCACACUUUCCUUUCUUGUUCUAUGCUAUGUGUCAUAAGUGGAUUAUUUAUAGGUAAGGCCAUGAUUCCCAUAAAUAUUUAGUAAACUUGAUGAGUGCUAGCUAUGUUUUAAGGUGGUCUGUAGAAUGAGUGCAUGACUCAAUCACCUGGAAAUGGAUCAUCUGCUGUAAUUAAGAUAUUCAUCGAUCUAAUAUGUUGGUUUUAAAUUAUGUUUAUUUAAUAAUUAAUAUCAGUCAUUUAGUCCAACUACUAGUACUGGUAUUCUGAUAGUGAACUCAUGAAGUAUGUCAUGAUCAGGUCAUCAUGUUAUAAUCCAAUAAUCAAUAAGGUUGGCAAGUCAAUAAUGCUUGGUUCUUGACUAGUAACGUACGUUAUAGGAGGGGAUGUCAGUCUCUCAGGGGCUUGAGUUUGAGUCAUUGGCAGGAUCGGCCCUGGGAAUAAAUGAGAUUCAACAACCUUACAGUAACGUCCAAAUAUGAUUUAAUUAGCUAGACGCACUUGUAUAUUCUACAUUUCUCCCAGUAACUCUCUUCUUUGGUUGUUUCAUCUCGCAAAUAUCGAAAUUCCCUAACCACAAGUGCAGUACAAACUUGCACACUUGAUCUCUUUAAUUUCCUCAAUAAUAAUUGUUAUUUAGGAGAAACUCCAUCUCCUCCUAUCUUGCUGUAUGAAAUAAACGGCUGGCUUUCCCUGCAGGAACAAGAUGGAUGGUGGUCCUCAAGUCUGCCCUGAACCUUAGUCAUUCGAUUUCAGGUUUUAUGGUGAUCGAUUAGGGUGUCUCAAUCUCUUUCUAAAUUUAUAAAUCAACCAAACAGCUCAUAUGCUGCACCCGGUACUGCUUUGAUCAUUGGUUAAGAGAAUAUAUACACACAUACCAAUACAGUCGAAGAUGAAGUUUAUGAAAAUUGGGACUAAGCCGGACACCUUCUACACUGAACGAGCUACCAGGUCAGUAGUUUCAGAUGUACCCAGCGACCUUCUCAUACAAAUAAACAACGUCAGUUAUCUUCUCCAUAAGCUGCAGUUUCCAUUGCUUCCAAAAUGUGGGCUGUUACAGCGGCUUUGCUGUGAUUCUGGUGAUCCGGAAAAAGUAAACAUAGAGCUUCACGACAUUCCUGGAGGCGAAGAAGCUUUUGAACUAUGUGCUAAGUUCUGUUAUGGAAUUAAAAUAAAUCUCAGUGCCUAUAACUUUGUACCUGCAUAUAGUGCUGCUAAAUUCCUUGGAAUGACUGAAUCUGUAGACAAGGGAAAUUUUGUCCUAAAACUUGAGGCGUUCCUCAACUCAUGCAUUCUCGAAGGGUGGAAAGACUCCAUUGUCACACUAAAAACUACAACUAAGUUGCCUGACUGGUCUGAGAAUCUUGGAAUCGUCAGAAAGUGCAUUGAUUCAAUUGUUGAGAAAAUCUUAACACCUCCACCAAAGGUGACAUGGUCAUACACGUAUACCAGACCUGGUUACAAUAAAAAGCAUCAUCAGUCUGUCCCCAAGGAUUGGUGGACAGAGGAUAUAUCAGAUCUUGAUAUAGAUCUGUUUCGAUGCAUAGUUACUGCUGUUGGAUCAACCUAUAUGCUGCCACCACAGCUCAUUGGUGAGGCUUUGCACGUCUAUGCUUGUCGUUGGCUGCCAGACACUACGAACAUUACACUUCCCCUGGAUCAAAGUAGUAAUUCUAAUCAAGACGAGACAUUAAUGGAAAAGAAUCGACGGAUUGUUGAUAACAUUGCUAGUAUGAUUCCGGGAGAUAAAGGAUCGGUUUCAGUUGGUUUCUUGCUGAGGCUACUUACUAUUGCAAACUAUUUAGGAGGAGUGUCUCCAGUGACAAAGACAGAACUCUUGAGAAGAUCCAGUCUACAACUUGACGAGGCAACCGUGAAUGACCUGCUUUUUCCUUCAAACUCACCUGAAUAUUAUGACAUUGACUUGGUAUUGGCACUCUUACAAAGUUUCUUGAUGAUAUGGAGAAGACAAUCCCCUUCAGCAGCUGCAGAAAACAGCCACCACUUUUUCAGGACAAUGAGAAAGGUCGGGAAGAUCAUUGAUUCUUACCUUCAAGUCGUUGCAAGGGACGCCAACAUGCCAGUAUCAAAAAUGGUAACUCUUGCUGAAGCUUUGCCAGAUAUUGCUAGGGAAGACCAUGAUGACAUCUACAAGGCUAUUAACAUUUAUCUGAAGGAGCAUUCUGAUCUGAGCAAGGCAGACAAGAAGCGCCUGUGCCGCAUCUUAGAUUGCCAAAAGUUGUCACCCGAGGUACGUGCUCAUGCUGUCAAAAAUGAGAGGCUGCCAUUGAGGAUUGUUGUGCAACUCCUCUUCUUUGAGCAAGAGAGAAGUUCCAACUCCAAGGCAUUAGCGACACCUCAUAGACUACCGGACCAGCUAGAGCAACUUUCCAGCUCAGGAAAACAAACAUCAAGUACCAGCAGAUCUGAUGAUCAUGCAGUUAAGCUAAGAUUGGGUGGAGAUGAUGAAAAACUCAGUAGGGGGGAGGGCAUGAGAAGAACCAAUAAUGCCGUUUCUGAAACCACUAAUGCUACCGGAAAGAGAGAUACUUAUGAACAAAGCAAGAGAUCAGUAGCAAAGUCUGGAGUGGAAUUGACGGAAAGAAGGGGUGUGUAUAGGGGUGAAAUACAAGAAGUGGAAGCAGUAGAUAUGGGAAGAAAAAUCAGGGAGCUGGGAAUAAUAUCAGCUGGGAGCAAGUUGGACGCUCACAAGAUGAUAAACAAGGGAAGCAGAUCAUCGGACCAUGGCCCUGACAAAGCCAAAGACAGAUAACAAACUGUACAUGCAUCCACAUUGAUUCUUCUUCCUUUUCUUAAUUUGCACAUGCACAUGAAUUUAUGUUUUAUUGUUGUGGAAAAUGCUCCAGGUCUGAACAAUGUUUUCUGAUACACUAGUCUCAGUGAUGCUGUGAUAAUACAAUGUUGUAACUCACCCCUCCCGCAUAAAAUCUCUGUCCUUUUAUUUCGAGAUCCAAAGAAUCACCACAGAUCU